CACACCCCUCUCGAGGCAGAAACGGUCGGUCCCCUCAUGCUUGCUCUUGUACUGACGUCUUGUGACUAGCCCAGAGGUCAGGCGGACAGAGCUACGACAGGUUCCCGAGAUGGCCGAGACUAACCUGACCUUCCACGUCCCUCCGCCCUUCACGUUUGAGACCGACUUUAACGGCCCGGAGUUUCACCUGUGGUUCAGUAAUGUCUGGAAAACAGGAUAUGUGCUGGCUGCGGCCUACGUGGUGCUGGUGUGGGUCGGGCGGUGGUACAUGGAGGAAAGGCCCGCCUACAACAUGCGCUCUCUCCUGGCCAUCUGGAGCGCCUGCCUCAGUGUCUUCAGCAUUAUGGGUGCCUUGCGUUUGAAUGCGGUGUGGCUCCACGACUUCAGAGAGCGCGGCCUAACGCACAGCCUGUGUAACGGGCACUGGUUGACUGCACCCAUCUCAGGGUUCUGGGCUGUGGCCUUCACUCUCAGCAAAGCAGUUGAGUUUGGUGACACGUUCUUCAUUGUGGCGAGAAAGCAGAAGUUGAUUUUCCUCCACUGGUACCACCACGCCCUGACCCUGAUAGCCGUGUUCUACCAGUACGUCAACCUAACAGGCCCAGCACUGUUUUUCAUGUGCAUGAACUUCUCUGUGCAUGCGCUGAUGUACCCGUACUACACCCUGAGGGCUUCCCGCGUUCGGGUUCCCAAGGCCGUUGCCAUGGUGAUUACAACCUUGCAGGUGCUUCAGAUGAUCACAGGCCUUGUUGUAAUCUUUUAUGUGUACGGAGUGGUGAAAUCCGGGCGAGACUGCAACUGGAGCGACGAGAGUUUCUACACUAUGUUCCUGGUGUACGGCAGCUUCGCCGUGCUCUUCCUCAACUUCUUCAUGAAGUCCUACCUAGCCAAGCCGGUACGCGACAAGAAGGAAUAGAUGCCUCCGCCCCUGGGGCGUCGCCAAGAAAAAACACUUCGUCAUGUCGAAUUAACUCCCUGUGAACGCAUUAUGAGCAUGGAUGCACCAAGCCCUGGACUGCAUUCUUUAGCGAGCGAAUGUAAUAAUGAAAGAAAAAUUCAUCAAAGUGUUACUUUGCACUGUGCAUUACAACAAAUCUAUAAAGGAAACAACUGUAGGAAAACAACCAAUGAUGAUAUAACUUCAUACAUGGCGGCAUUAAAUGUGUUAAAAUAUAUUUACUAAAAUGUUUAAAAAGGAAAGCCUAGUUUGCAUGAUUUACAUGUAUGCUUGAUGUCAGAUACAGAGAAUGAAACGAUUGUAAUUGUAAAAUGGCUCUAUGGAACUAAUGAUGUACACAAAAGUGUUAGGUAGAGUGCAAUCUAUUACAUAUGUAAUAUUUACAUAUAUUGUUGCGAGGCACAUUUACUAACUAAGAGCAUAUUGAGACGAUCGAUGUGGAUCAACUUUAAUUUUUUUUUCAUAAUGACCUCUUGAUACCUAUUUUGUUACCAUUGUGCAAUCAUGACGUUUCAGCACUGAUGAUGUAUUUCAGUGUUUCUUCUUAACUAAGCUUUAUACACACAUAAACAUCGGUGUAUUACUAGUAUACCGACGGACAGACAGACACAGAAACACAUAGUAUGAAUAUAACUUCCGAAAAAUGUUUCAUCAGGUUGAUAAAGUAUAGGAUACGGGAGUUUUCUUUUACACAACCAAAAUAUAAAAACCUCACCUAAGUGCUGACGUUUUCGCCGCAAAAGCACCACCAUAUGAGGGAUUAAAGAGGCCAUCUACAUCAGGGCACUCAGAGACGGGGGGCGCCACAGACUUUCUGAAAGCUAUGAUCUAU